AUGAAUGGACCGGAAGCGGUAUUUUGGUGGCUCUGUUUCGUGAUCGCGUCGUUCGGAUUCGUUAGAACUGACGAUAAGGUGGAGUCGAAGGGUGCAAACGAAACCCUACAGCUGAAUAUUUCUCGAGGAGUCCAGCUGUACGUCGCGAACGAGGAAACAAGGGUUAUCGUAAGAAUGUCUACGCUACUCGAGAGAAACGAAAUAGGACAGAGAAGCACCGGCAGAUUGAAAUUCAACGAUACUUUGAAAAGAAUCGGAAUGGCGAUGAUGAUGGCUCCUAUGAUAAUACAGUUAAUGUCCUUACCCGGGACUCUCGCUUCCAUAAAAUUCAGUUUGCUUAGAAGCAUCUUUGUGGGAAAGCUCGCGUUGCUCCUGAUUCUCUGGAACAUAUUCAAAAACACGCAACGAUCGGAGGUGGUGUUGGUCCAUAAACCCGAAUACCACGAGCAUUAUUACGAUAAUUACCACCACAAACCGGAUGAAGAUGAAGGCUGGCUUGGAAGAUGA